AUGUUCUUCACGCUGUGCCAGGAGCUGCAUGAGUUGUUUCAGGAGGACGACCUCGAACUUUCCUUCUCGGACCAUGAUGCCGAGGACGACUUCUCUCAUCGACGAAAGCUUGCGGCAUGCAAGAAUUCUGACUGCGAUCCGGUGGUCGACGACUACGAAAUGAUUACCAUGCCGGCGGAGCCAGAGGACUGUGAUGAGGAGAAGAAGACGAUCCAGCGACAGAUUGCAAGCUUGUCCAGCCGGAUUGCUGCAGGAGGUGCCCCUGAAGUCCUUGACCACUAUCACAAAGUCAAAGAAGAUCUGGCCAAGGAGCUUGCCAUGCGUGGCAUCUUGCGCCACAAGACCAUGGAUGUUCCGGAUAUUGAUUUACUAUCAACUUUGUCAACCAUUUCGACUUGCGAUACUUAUCCCGAUGAGCACACGGGAAUCCCACUGGAGCUCGAACGGGCGAAGUUCAACGUGCCAGCUUCUGGCAUUGUGGGACCUCGGGCACGCAGACUCAGUGGGAAGGAGGCAUCUGCUGCGGUGGAGGGCUCCGACCAAUGA